AUGUCGGGACGCACCCGGCCACGUAUGGGGUCUGUCAACACGCUGGCUAAUCCAAAGACGCGUGCGACCUCACACUGGGCCUGGCUACAUUCUCACCAGCCCUCAUACAAUCAUAUCUCCCCUCAUACGUCGGGACGCACCCGGCCACGUAUGGGGUCUGUCAACACGCAGGCUAAUCCAAAGAUGCGUGCGACCUCACUGGGGGCCUGGCUACAUUCUCACCAUCCCUCAUACAAUCAUAUCUCCCCUCAUACGUCGGGACGCACCCGGCCACGUAUGGGGUCUGUCAACAUAAUCACAAUAUGGGGGGGUACGUGGGGUAGUGCGUAUAGCACUGUAAACUAA